AUGGCGAUCAAGGGCGCGCUGCUGUUCUUGGUCGUCUGCGCGGCUGCUCGAGCUGCUUCUGCCGGCGAUGGCCCACUCCCGAACGGCAACUUCGAGGACUCGCCGGACAGGUUCCAAAUGGACGGCUCGAGGGUGACGGGGGCGAACGCCAUCCCACAGUGGAAGAUCACCGGGCACGUUGAGUACAUCGAGUCCGGGCAGACGCAGGGCGACAUGAUCCUGACGGUGCCGGAGGGCUCGCACGCCGUGCGGCUGGGCGAGGACGGCUCCAUCCACCAGCAGCUCAGCGUGGCGCCGGGCACGCAGUACUCCGUCACCUUCAGCGCGGCGCGCACGUGCGCCCAGUACGAGAAGCUGACCGUGUCGGUCGUCCCCGGCGACGCGUCCGACGAGAUCUCCAUCCAGACGGUGUACACCAGCAGCGGCUGGGACUCCUACUGCUGGGCUUUCCAGGCCACGAACGACGUCAUGACGCUCACCAUCCACAACCCCGUCCACGAGGACGACCCCGCCUGCGGCCCCAUGAUCGACUCCGUCGCCAUCAAGACGCUCUACCCUCCUCAGGCCACCGGCGAUAACUUGCUGAGGAACGGGGACUUCGAGCAGGGGCCGUACAUCGCGCCGGGGUCACCAUUCGGGGUGCUGGUGCCCAACAGGGACGAGACCCACAUCUCGCCGAUCUCGGGGUGGAUGAUCAUGUCCUACUCCAAGGUCAUCAAGUACGUGGACUCGCCGCACUACGCGGUGCCGCACGGCUCCUACGCCGUGGAGCUGGUGUCCGGCGGGGAGGCCGCGCUGGUGCAGGAGGUGGAGACCGUGCCGGGGAGCGCGUGCAGGCUGGAGUUCUCGGUCGGGAACGCCGGCAACCGGUGCGAGUCGAGCGACGAACAGCCCAUGCGCGUGCUGGUCUCCACGGCGGGCGGGAGCAAGACCGUGGUGCACCGCUCCGACGGCUACGGCGGGGGCACCACGCGCGCCUCGCUCGAGUUCACGGCGAUCCAUAGCCGGACCAAGGUGGUGUUCUCCGGCUCCAGCUACCACACCAAGUCCGACAGCAGCGGCACCCGCUGCGGGCCCGUCGUCGACGACGCCUCGCUCGUCUGCGUUCCGCCGACGCCUGCCCGCCGGUUGCUUCGCUGA